AAACCUCUAACCAGUCCCCCUAGACCCUAACCAGCCCCCCUAAACCCCUAACCAGACCCCUUAAACCCUAACCAGCCCCCCUAAACCUUAACCAGGCCCUUUAAAUACUGAGAGGCCCCCUAAAACACUGAAGAAAACAACCGUACUUUGGUCUACUUUCCAUAAACUUUGCAUCCUUCCUGCCAUUCCGUCCUGCUGAGUCUUCACCAAAAUGUCCAUGUCAUCCCCGAGCGUGUUCCUGGUGAGUGUGUCGGGCCAGGUGGAGGCCGGCCGCUUCAUGGGGGGAGACAACCUUCACUUCAACUACUGCUUCACUGCCGGACAGGACUGGGAGGUGGUGUCUGGCCUGGAGGAGUGUGUGUCCCAGACAGCAUGUUGUAGUGAUGAUGAACGGCAGCUCUUUGUUUGGAACUUCCCAAUAGACAUCACAUACAAAUCAACGAACCCUUAUGGAUGGCCACAGAUCAUCCUCAGUGUGUACGGGACAGACUUCUUUGGCAACAUAGUCAUUGUGGGCUACACGGCCUGCCACGUCCCCAUCACUCCGGGCACCCACACCCGCAGGCUUCGAACGUUUGUGCCGGAGUCAGCGUCCACCAUCCAGAAACUCAUGUCAUGGCUCACGGGCCGGAGACCUGAAUUCCUCAACCCUAAGAUUAUCGCUCAGGGCCGGGGCAGGGAAGUGACUCGUGUGAGGUCUCACGGAGAAGUCACCAUCACCUUUAAUGUAAUGAUGAAGGACUUUGCCAAGCUGGGCUAUGAUUGUGGUGCGCCCUCCAAGGCCCCCUACCUGGGUGCCGCCCCACCACCCCAGACUGUGACAGUGCCUCGAGAAGGUCAGAGUGAUGCCUAACUCACCCUCCACCCCUAAGGAUGCAAGGUAUCAGGUGCCUUUAUUAUGCUAGUCUAAUGUGAAAUGGAAAUCUCUCUCCGCAGUGAGUUAUAGAGUAUAGGGGCGCUAGGGCACCUUGUCUGCAAAGUGUCACUGAGUGGAGCUUCAACAGGUUAGGUGUCUAUGCAUCUGUACACUUCUCUAUUAUGCCUUGACUUUGUGUUGUCCACUAUUAAUCAUUCCAUCCACAAGUUUGUAAAAUGAAUGUACAAUCUGCUUUAUCCUGUAACAUAAUUUCUACCAUUUGCUUGAGUUUCCUGCAUUGUGAGCCAGGCAAUCCAUUCUAAAUAUUUUUAAUUCUCCCGUCGAGAUAAACCUGUAACACCACAAAUCAGUGCCCACCAAACUGUUCUCUGCGGUUUCUAUUUCCCUAACAAUAGCAUAUAAAAUCUUAUUUAAUUCCGAACACAAACAUUGUGUAAAAUAUUUUUUUUAUUAUUUAUGAAUGCAACUGCCAAAGAAUGAGUCAUUUGAUUCUAGUCAUAUAUUUUCACAUUUUAUGUAAUCAAGAAAUAAAAUAAAAAAUUGCCCAACA